CCGGUUCGAGCGCGCGCCAUAGCAUCCAUCACUCACGUCCAGUGAAACCUCGCAGCGCUUGAUAACAAUCUGAGCAAGACCGCCUGACCGGCGGCCAUGGGCGGCGGGCACGACAUGCACGGGCACAACGGCGGCGUGAAGGGGUUCGUGUCCAACCUCGUCCACGGCGGGGAAGGUCACGGCCACGGGCACGGGUACCCUCCGCCGGCCGCCUACCCCGCGCACUCGGCGCACUACGGCGGGCACAUGGGGUCGUACCACACCGGCCACGGCGGCGGGCACCACCACGGCGGCUACGGCGGCGGCAAGCACAAGGGCGGCAUGUUCGGCGGCGGCAAGUACAGGAAAUGGAAGUAGAACGCCGGCCGGCCGGCCGACGCCUCGCUCGCGCUCUAUGCGCGCCUAGCUAACCGUGCAUGCAGCAGGCGCACACACACACUCCCUCUAUAUUGCGUGAUGAAUAAAGUGAAAGCAGGCAGGAGACGUACCGUACGUACGAGUCCUUAUCGUGGUGCCGUACCAGUACGACGAAAUAAGGUACCCGUGUGUGUGCGCGCGCGCCUAGUCAUAAAAACAGGUCUGUUCGUGUUUGUUGUUGUAAUUCGCGCGUGCUUUGGGUUGUACGUCCCGCAGGCGUAUGUACAAGCCGAGUGUAAUAAUACAGGCUGUAUAACAAUAUACUACAUAUACUAC